AUGUCGCCGACCCGCCCACCCUUCUCCUCUCUCCCACUCGACCCCUCAGGUCCUCACGGCAAUGCCUGGGGCCUCUGGGGCUCUUCCGACCAACUCGGCAUGCUCAACCUCCUCACCCCGCAAAACACCACCCUCGCCGCUCGAGAGAUCCAACAUGGUACACGCAUCUCCGUCGACUGGCCCUUGGACAAAAUGUCUCCUCCGUGUUUCAAUCGUAUAGCGUUCAAUCAUAAUAUCAUCAACAAAGCACCUCGCAGCGUCAAUGACGAUACCGUGACUUUCAACACGCAAUCUUCCUCGCAAUGGGAUGGAUUCAGACACUAUGGCUACCAAAAAGAGAAGAGAUACUACAACGACUGCACCAACGAAGAUGUCUUGGGAAGCGACAAGAACGGCAUUCACGUGUGGGUGGAAAACGGAGGUGUGGUCGGCAGAGGCGUCUUACUCGACUACAAAGCCUGGGCCGAAGAGAAGGGACACUGGACUGCAGAGUCUUGUUUCCAGACUACGCCCAUCUCAGUCGAUAUCUUGGACCAAGUUGCAAAAGCCCAGGGAGUCGAGUUCAAAGAGGGAGAUAUCCUGUUCAUCCGCACAGGCUGGACGGGAGCAUAUGACCAACUCUCCACCGAAGCCCGCACAAAGCUGUCAGAAACAUAUCCUCCUCCUGCUAUUGGCGUCGAGUCGUCCGAAAAGACGGUGAGAUGGAUGUGGGACAAAGGUUUCGCGGCGGUUGCGGGAGAUCAACCCAGCUUCGAAGCUUGGCCGUGUCAGGAUACAAACCAUCUCUUGCAUGAAUGGUUACUCGCUGGGUGGGGGUUGCCCAUCGGUGAGAUUUUCGAUUUGGACAAGUUGGCCAAGGAGUGCAAGGAGAAGAACAAGUGGGGUUUCUUCUUUAGCAGUAUGCCCAUCCACGUUCCUGGAGGCGUUGCGAGUCCACCAAACGGUGUCGCUAUCUUGUAG